CACACACACACACACUGAGCUGGGGACAAGGCUGGAGCUACAGACUGGAGGAGGCAGAGGAUGACUAAAUGAAACACCGUACCUGAAGGGAUAAUAUGAGGACCUACAACCAGAAGACACAAUAUAGAGACACAGACCAUGACAUAGUGAUUAUAUCUUCCCUUUGUCAUAUUGUACGUCUUAAUAUUCUGUAGCUCAGUGCUAAUUAGUGCUGAGAAAAAACACAUAAAACACCACAUGUGACCUGUUUGGCAGAUGUUGAGUGGUGGGUGCUGAUAGUGUGUUAUCACUGUUCAGUCACACCCCAGAAUAUGUCUGAGGGACUGGUACAGAUAAGAGGCUGUGUGUGUGUGUGUGUGUGUGUGUGUGUGUGUGUGUGUGUGUGUGUGUGUGUGUGUGUGUGUGUGUGUGCGUGUGCGUGUGUCUUUGAAUGCAGAUAAAGAGGCUUGAGGACAUGAUGUAUUAUUACAUAUUAUUACCAUGUACAUGUUUACUUUCAUUUCAGAGUAAUUGCUAUUAUAUUUCCACAUUUUCUACUGUUGGAUAACUACCAGAGCCACAGGUGCUGAUGCCUGUGUCAGCUUGGUUUUAUAGUCUGUUAAAUAUAUUAAGAUUGGUGGAGAAUGACACAUUUUCCAGAAUUUUUUUGUUGUUAUUUUUCAUCACUCAUCACUUCAUCUCUGAGCUAUGGUCUGAGGAGACAGGCGGUUGAGUUAAGGAAAGUAUUUGGUGAUUAAUAUUUCAUUCCUCUGAUGGAGAACACUGUUAGGUCUGCUUUUGGCUUCUUAUCCAUCCCACACAGUUGUGUGUUUGGCCUCCAGUGAAUCUGAUUGUGUUUUACUGCUCAUGUUCACAUGAGGAUUUCUCCGACAGGCAGCAGACUGACCGUCUGAGGCCCUUGGGACCGACUCUGAGGCAGAUCUGUUACUUCGGGAGUUCUGCACAGCACAAAAAGAUGUCAGGUUAGGGCCACAUUAUGACAGAAUUAAAAGCUUCUGGAGAAGGGGAUGCACCCCCAUCCUACAUGAUCUUUCUGGUGGUCUUCCUUUUCUUCUUGACUGGACUCCUGGGCUUCCUCAUCUGCCACCUACUAAAGAAAAAGGGCUACCGCUGCAGAACUGGAGACAUUGGAGAUGAUGCGGAGGAGAAUCUUGGAGAAAAUGAAGAUGAUGAAAAUGAUGAGAACCAGGACACGGUGGAGCAGAUUCUCAAAUGUAUCAUUGAAAAUGAAGCCAAUAUGGAAGCCUUCAAUGAGAUGCUGGGAAACCACAAUGUCUGUGUUCGCCACGACCCCAGGUUGCGUAAAGAGUCCAUUGGUGGUGUUCCUCCCCAUCUCCACACAGUUCAUUCAGGAUCAGACCACAACUCGUGCCUCCUGUGUGCCCAGGUUCAGUCUAAGAAGGGCCGCAGACAAAGCCGAACACCCCGCUUCAAGCAACGACCCGGGGAGCAGACUGUUUUCUCUGUUGGAAGGUUUCGAGUGACACACACGGAUAAAAAGCUCCAUGGAGGUCCUAAUCCACUGGCCAUUUCAGGGGAUCAGCUGAACCUGUCCCAGGAUAGUGAGGAGCGGAAGGACGGCGGGUAUAUCCUGAAAAAUAUGUUCAAGGAAGAACAGCUGCCUCCUGACGGUGCUAACGGAAUAGCUGCAAGUACGGGAAAACAGAAGAACAAUGUGACCAUGUUUGGGUUGAGGAGGGGUAGUGACCCUCUGGGUUUAAAACCCAGAAUCGGGAAAGUGAAGGAUGCUGGCGGGGUAAAGCUUGCCUUUCAACAACCACCUCUGGUGCUUGAAGAACCUUUGAAGGAAGAAAACACUGGAACUGGUUUUGAGCACUGUACAAAACCUGGAUCCAAACCUAAAUCUGAGCCCACCACAGCUCAAUGUGUGGAUAAAACAUCAACUUCUGUUUACUCUCCCUCAGUCCAGAGUAACAAACAGUCCUGUGACUCCAGCUCUAGUCUCCAGGAAGGCCCUCAACCUGGAUCUAAUGAUAUGGUCCAGACCUCCAGUUGUGGAGGUGUAGCCCCUAUCGCUACUUCCCUUCCUGGUCUAUCUGACAGGAGAUUAAAUGUUGACGAGAUGUUAAAGACUGAAGAGGCAGACCUUACUGGGCCAGUACAAACCUCAACACCCAUUUCCCUGAUGGCAGCAACCAGUUCGGGAUUUGGUGCAAGUAAAUCUACCGGCCAGUCUCAGCUUCAUACAAAUAAAGACCCUUUGGUUGCACAAAAGUCCUCCGACCAUUGUUCAAGCCCAGAUCAAGAGGCUUCUAUUGGAUCUGGUGUUUCUGUGAUAACUUUAGGUUCAUCCCCUCAUAAGUCCUUAUUAUCAAUAUCUUCUCUAAAAGGUCAAAUCUCAUCUCUGAAUGAGUCAGAAAGCCCCAAAAAUGGCUUAAGAAAUUUGUCAUCAGAGUCAGCAAAAACCCCAGUGGAGCAAAACUUGGAUCCCACUAGUCCCUCUUUGCCUAGGUUAGAGUUAGAACAUGUUAUACCCGUAAUGUCUACAACCACAGGGAUUGCCGAUACAAGAUCAGAGUCUGGGAAGGAACUAAAGUUAGAAGGAGAUACGAUCCUUAAGACCAAUGGAAAGACAGGAAUAAAGACAGCUGUUUCUGGUGAUUUCUCUCCUGAUCAGAGCAGUAAAGAGGGACUGGUUUGUUUGCCUCUGUCACCUUCAAACUCGUUGUCCUCAACCUCACCCAGGGGGGGCAGAACAAACAGCACAGCCAUUGUUAAGGCCAGUCCAGACAGCAAGAUAGAGUUCUCAGUGGUUACUGUGCUAGAAGAUGAAGAUUUUUCCUCUUUAGUGAAGCAACAGAAGAUAGAGACUUCUGGAAAUGAUUUAAAACCAGAAACACAUGAAGAUCCCCAAAAUGAGAUCAGGGAAACCACCGGGGCAGAGGUCAGGGCAAGUAUGGGUCAAGAGAAGGAAGACCUGGUGGAAAUGGAGGACAUCAGACAUUGCAAAGUGACUCAGGUGGGAGGAGCAUACAAAGAGAAGAUCCACUCCCAGAAAAGCCCAGACCAGGAGGGGGAAUCUCCAAUCCCUUGAGAUGGAACAGGAUGUAGAACAUUCAAGAACUUUAUUGUCAUCAUAUAAUACAAUAAACUUAUUUAAGAUAUUAACAGACAUGCAUUAAAGCGGAUAUUUAUGCAAUA